AGUCCUUCAGAAAGAGACAUUUCAUUCAUUAUUAAAUUUUUAUAUCCAAUACCAACGUUUCUUUCAGAUGAUGUGCAAACUUGUAGUGAUGAAUGAAUUUAAAUAGGAUGAUCCUCGCCCUUUCGCGAUUUUAUUUUAAAACACAUGAUAUUACACCGCAGUUUUUUAAGAAGGUUCACAGUACUCGAUUGUAUGCAAUAGGGCUCACACUGUAUACACACUAUUUUUAGAAAUAUUCCGAACUGUUAUGCUGUUAACUUGUCUCUUAGGAGAUCAAUGAUAGUUUUAUUUUUAGAUAUAUUAAUGUUUUCGAUUUAAUUACUUAACGAACGCAUUCUAUUCGUUAUAAGAAGCGUAACUAGAUUGCAUGAAUAGUAGUAAGAGCAGUGAAUGAAAACAAACGUUAUCGCUUGAUAACCGCGGGAACCGUACACCAUAAGGCUGUCGUAUCAACUGACCAGCGCAUUUCACUUAUAGCGUACAUCGGUGUGUGUUGUUUUUUUACGUAAAAAGUGUAGUGCAAAGAAGAAUUACUAUUGAAUUUUGUGAAGUUUCAUACACAUUUUCGACGCAGCGCUUUACGAACCCUUUGGUGCAAAGCAAGCGAAUUUGGAUCGCACGAUUAGAUGAAUCUCCUUUGCAGCGUGGGGGCCUUAUCAGUCGCCAGGCAAACGUGGAGUGUCGUUAUCGAUGUACACCUUUUGGGAUGUAUCAAACCUUCACCCAGUUACGACAGCACGGCAUGUUUCUGGUUAGCUCAGUCACCCUAAAGCUAUGGAGGACGGUGACCGUGAUCAAUCGACAUCAUGAAAAGGAGUUUUUGCAGAUGUCGUUUGCUUUCCAGGUUACCACUGUUUUGGAAAAUCUAUCUUCCAACACUGGCCGGACUGAUCCUGUACAAUGAAUAUCUCAUCCACCUGUAUCACAGCUUUCAGUGGGCCGAUCUGCAGUGUGAAACGGAUAGUUGUGUAAAGAUACUUCUUGUCGCUGAUCCACAAAUUUUGGGUAAUACGUUCGACAGGAAGCUCUACUGGCCUUUAGCUAAUUUUGACUCCGAUCGGCACCUAAAACGGACGUACAAAAGGGUGGUUCAACACACAGCGCCGGAUGUAAUUUGCUUUCUGGGUGAUCUCAUGGAUGAAGGUAGUGUAGCGAAUGAUGUUCAGUUUGCCGAUUAUUUCACACGGUUCGUCAACAUUUUCUCGCAACCCACGGCCAACACCAUUAUGGUUUACGUUCCGGGCGAUAACGAUAUUGGUGGCGAGGGUUUAGAAACCGUUAAAUCCGACCGUGUGCUGCGGUUUAAACAAUAUUUUAACGAGCAAGAUGAAACACCGAUAGAACCAACUUUGCGAUUUCUUAACGUUAAUCGAAUCAGCAUGACACUGCCGCUAAAUAACGCACCCAGUACGGAAGAACGGCAACCUUACACCGUGCUUUUGAGCCACAUGCCGAUACUCCGAUGGGCUGACCCGUUUACUUACAAGGUGGUAGACGAUUUCCAACCAAGCGUGAUUUUUUCCGCACACGAACACAAAUCCCUCUACGUUAAGACACAUCGUAAUCAGCUUGCACAAGGUGCCACCUUUAUACCGCUUAAUACGGAACGAGGGAGUCGUCACGAGGUGCUGGAGUUUAAUUUAGACUAUCUGAAGGAUACACGAGAGCUGCUGGAAUUUAUCGUACCAACAUGUUCGUACAGGAUGGGCGAAAUGAAAAUUGGGUACGGUUAUGCCAUGUUCGAUGGCGAUAAGCUCCGGUACACCGUCCUAUGGACAUCGCAGCGAUUUUAUCAGCUUGCAGUAUACUCCAUGAUGCUCAUACCGCUAAAAUUGGUUUGUGGGCAACUUUGGUGCGGCGUCCUGAAACGGUACUGGUGCUGUUGUCGUAGACGCAAUCGCAACUAUUUACCACUACCACUAGCGUGAGCA